CUGUCCCUCAUUUCUUCAAGGCCGACAUAAAGAGCUAAUGGAACUGUAAGAGGAGGAGAGAACUUUUGAGAGAAAUAGAGAGGGAUGUCUCCCUAUCUUAUUUAGGCUAUAGUCGGGCCUCUUUUCCCUUCGCCUGCGACGGUUAGUGUUCUUUACACUACUAAUAGAAGAAGAGCAGCUGUUACCGCAGUUUUCUUCACUUGUUCUUUUCUCUUCUUCUCCAAUUUUCCCUUCUUUCCGUUGCUUCUCUUUCCUGUUUUGGUGGACUCCAAUGCUUUUACUCUGAGGCAGUGUUUUUUUUUUUUUUUUUUGGUGUAAUUGCAUGAUUUUUCUUUUAAAAUUUUCAUUUAUCUUUCUGACUUAUAUUUGUAUUUCUAUUCCAAUACUCGGAUUCAAAUGGCCGCGAGUCAAUGAAUGAUUUCUUUCUUAUUGUUUGCAAUGUAUUUGACUUCUUGUUAUUUCCCAUCCUUUAGGCCGUCAAUCUAUUUCCUGGUGAAAUAGAUUAUUGGGAAGGCUAUUCUUAGUAUUCUAGUUUUUUUUUUCUUGGAUGUUGGGAAUGAGUUGUCAGGACUCAGGAGAGGAGUGGAAAGGCCUUUUAUUUUCAAAAUAUAAUUUUUGGAUGGGAAUCUGUUUCCCAUCAUCUUGCAACCAUCUUAAAGAUGGAAUCAUCAGUUUUUGGGAAUUCAUUUCCCACACUUCCCCAGUACCUGAACACAAUCACUAAUGAAUUACAUUUCCCUGGGAUUGGAUUCCCAUAUAUUUCUAUAUAUAUGGUCUGAAAUGGUAGGAAAGGCCUUUUAUUUUAUUUUAUAGGAGAGUUGGAUUUUAGGUGCUAUUAUAGCAAAUUUGGAAGGAUUGAGUUACCAGAAAAUCUUGUCAGUACAGAGAUAAGAGGUUUUGAAGCUGCUUUUUUUUUUUUUUCUUUCUUUCUGUCUUGGAGGUAAGUUGCAUUUAAAUGAUACAUGUAGAAAUAUCACAUUUAUUGAGCUUGGGUAGAACUGAUAUUGAAUGAGGGUGCAAUGGAGCUUACUGGAAGGGAUGUUAGUGAGGCAAAUAUAAAUAAUUAUUAUCGAAGAUGUUUCAAGGUGGAUGAUUCAUUUGUAUUUCAAAUCCUAGUGAUAUAACCUGAGCUAGAGUUUGUGGAUGAAAAUUCAGAUCUGCCCUAGUCUCCUAUUCUAGUAAGUUGCUUCUACUCCCAUCUUAGCUAUUGACCUAAAUUAAUCUUCACCAUCUUUUACUGAUGUUUGUUAUCAUUUUUUGGAUGUGGAUAUUGUUGAAACUUAAAAAUGCAAUCUUACUAUCUUUAGCAAUGAGCUCUUUUUAAUAAAGAUGUAGGGUGUGUUUCAUUGCAACAAAUAUCAUGAAAUUUCAUGAUUAAUCAAUUUACUUUUGUGCAAAGUAUCAUGAUAUUUCAUGAAAUUUGGUGUAACCAAAUGCAGCCGUAACUACAUAGUGUUCCAUGCAUGCUUCAAUCUUUAUAAAUGUUUUUCAUCCUGCCCCUUCCGUGUUGCCACUGCUUUUCACUCUUUUUAAAUGUCAUUGGCUUCCUCCUACUUUAUGGGAUAAAAACAUAUUGACUAACUUUGCAGGGAUACUUAAUGCUAAUUGAUGGUAUAUUGAACAAAUUAAAUACUACAAGUAUUGUUUUAUCUUGUUAAUUUCAAGCAAUAUUGUGCUUAUGAAGCUGCUGUGCUAUAUGGCUAUGUAUAUUUGUUUACUUGCAGGUGCUCUUCUUUUAAUAACUUGUUUCUUUUAAAAGAAUUUACCCUAAAUAGGGUAUCAAUAGGAUGAAUCCUAGAGUACCAUUACCCCAGGCCUACUGAGGUUCUCAUUGUUCUGGGUUUGGGCCUCUUUCAUGUAGGACCUGAACCCAGGCAUAAUCGGGAUUAGAAUGAUGCUUGAGCUGAUCAUGGCAUGCACUCGUGCUAUUACGUUAGUUAGUUGUCAUCAUAUUUGUAUUAAUCAGGCCCUUGUUGCAGUCUUGCUUUUAGUAUUUAGCUUAUAGAUGUUUCCAAAUAACUGUAGACAUCUUAUCUUGCGUAUGAUGAUUAUGGCAUUGUUAGUUCCUGUAACUAUGCCUAUCAAAUUCUAUUUUGAUCUUCUGUUUUUCAGCCAAAAAGAUAGUUUUUAGGAUCAUACUUAUGGCACUGUAGUUCCUGUAAUUGUCUCUAAAAUUCUAUUUUGAUAUUCUGUUUUUAAGCCGAACAGAUACAGUUUUCAGAAUCACACCCGGUUUCUCUCAACAGAUCUAGUUCCUAUAAAAUACACAAUUUGUUUUAUCUUUGCAUGGUCUGGUCAUAAUCACUCAAGAACCAUACAUCUACAUUUGAAUUUUAAGGAGUACACUGCUUGGCCCGAAUUACCGUUGUUUUCAUUAUACCUGCAUUCCAUGCAGGCUGGUCCAUUUCUCACUUAUAUACCAAUACAAUAAAUAAGUCCGGUUGCUUGAACCAUGGAUGAAUGUUGCACAAAGAUUACCACAUCGAGCAGUUCUAAUCAUUCAAUGGUCAGCUUGCAAGCUUUAGGUGGUCUAGGAGCUGGUAUAAUAGCUCUGAGGUACCCAGGGAUACUGUACUGGGGCUUUACAAAUGUGGAUGAAAUCCUACGCAUGGGGAAGAGUGCUUCAGCACCUGGAAUUUGGCUGUUGACUCAAUUGGUGGGGGCCAAAGUUGUGGUGACUGCUCUUUGCAGGGGAUCUGGGCUUGUGGGUGCUCUUUAUGCCCCAAGCUUGAUGAUCGGUGCUGCUCUUGGUGCCGUGUUUGGGGGUUCGGCUGCAGAAAUCAUCAAUUCAGCCAUCCCAGGAAAUGUUGCUGUUGCCCAGCCACAGGCCUAUGCUCUGGUCGGGAUAGCUGCUACUCUAGCUUCACUUUGUUCAGUUCCCUUGACAUCCGUGCUACUUCUGUUUGAGCUGACAAAGGAUUACAGAAUUUUGCUUGCACUCAUGGCACGCCUUCAGGUUCCUGAAACAGUUGUCCAGCAGAUAUUUUUGUUAAACAGCCUUGACGUGGAGCUUUAUAAGCAUGCGCAGGAGGACAUCUUUGCACAGCAGCAGAAACAUCUUGCCGAGAAGUUGGAUAAAGUGGUAAGUCCGGAUUCCUAAGAUUGUGUUAGGUCACAUAUAAUACAAAUCACUCGUAUUCAGUUGGCUAUCUUCCUGAAGAUCCACCAAAUGCUUCUCUCGGAGAUUGUAAAAUUAUAGCGUAUCUAGCAAAGCUGUUCCAGCCCCCUGCUUUGCUGUUCUGUUUCGAUGAUCAGUUUCAAAUAUAUUGUAACCAUUGGAAUGGAAAACUAGCCAGAAGAUUAAGACGUGUUUGAAUGUACAGUUUAACAGAAUCAGAAUAGUUCAAUGACAGAGAGCGAAUGGCCAAAAGUGGAGGUGGGGGCAUUGUGGUCUGUAAUAAUAACCAACUGCCAAUUACAAUUCCAUGUGUCUCAAGUUGGCUUGAAACAAUGAAAAUUGCUUCUGCAUCCCUUCCAUGAAAAUCUCUCUCUAAACUCUAAAAACACCUAAACCCCCCUGAGAAUGCCCAAAAGCUUCAUCUUAUUUCUCUGAGGAGCAAUGGACGAGACGAUGGUCUAAGGAAAGGCUACUUGGGAUGGUCCAAACCGGAGGACAGGUUUUUCAAUGAUCUGCCUACCACAUUGCAUAAGAGUAAAUGCAGGAAUGCCCAUUUUUGGAGGUAAGAUUUCUGUUGUUGGCAAUGAAUACAAUGAGGAUAGCAAGCCCUCAUAACCUGCUCCCCAAAAGAAUCACCUCAAUUCAAGAGGAAACAAGCUGCACCUAUUACUAGAGCGGAAGAGGAUGACAUACUUGUGGGGUAUUGAUUAUGAGUUUUCUGGCAAAUGCCUGAAUCAAAGUCCUAUUUCAGAAGACAUGGAAAACCGGUUUUAAAUGAGGCACUGAAAUUAGCCAAUACGUGUGGCUAGCUUGAAUCUCACUAAGUUCUCUUGAUCUUAUUACAGGUCCAAGCAGUUGCAUUAAAUCAACAUGUGACAAUUCUUCUUAAUAGCUCUUUUCAUCACUCGAUGGUCAUGGUAAGAGAACAUCAUCCCACUUUUGAACUUUUCUUGCUUCCUAUUUACCUUACAGGAAUUGUACCUUGCAUUGGGCAAGAUUGGCCUGUGGGUUCGAGACCUGACUUGAAUGGGUUGGACUUGAGCUUAAUAUAGACCCACUCACUGGCCUAGCCCUAAUUUAAAAUGGGUUGGCCUAAAGCGUAGGUUGGGUCAGCCCACAGUUUAACUGACUCAACCUACUUUUGAGGCAGGUUUCAACUAAACUAAUUGGGUAGUGGGUCAGGUUCAAACUAGAAAUAUGUCUGUUUAAGUAAAUGGAUCAGGCUUGUGUUGAACCUUACAUUAGACAUAUAAUCUCACGUUAGGGCCAGGGAUUAAAAAAAAAAAAAAAUCAGUUUUACAUGUGAUUCAGGUGGGCCACACUGAAGAAAACAAGACAUCCACCCUUGAUUUUUAUAGGGCCCACUAUGAUGAUUAUAUAAACCCUGGUCCAAACAUUAGAUUCUACGCCAAAAUUUAGUCCUAGGGCCCAAAAAUCUAUAUGUGAUUCAAAUGGGCCACACCAAGGGUAACGAUUUGAAGAGUGGACAUGGGCAAUGUUUCCAAUGUGGUCUACUUGAAUCAUAGAUGGGACUGAGUUUUGAGCCUUGGUCCUAACAUGGGGUAAUGCACCCGGUAGUCGGGAUGGAUUUUGACUGUGGGCCCUAGCCUCCAAUGAUAAUUACUUAAAUUAAUUAAUGGGGUAGGGUAGCUUAUUAAAAAACUUUUUAAAAAAGGUACCCGUAAAUACAGUAGUAAUAAGGUAUCUUGUAAAAUUCUCUUUCAAGCUUGUGUGGUAUAUAAUAUGGG